CCGUGCCGGGUGUUGACGCUCACACGGCGGAAGCAGCAGCAGCAGCGGCAGGGAGGGAGGGAAGGGGAGGAGGGGCGGAGGCUUCCAUGGCAGAGUUGAGAGGAGAUCACGGUACGGAAUCGCCGACCGGUCACACAGAGGACGAGCCAAGUCCAGUGUCGUCGUCCGCACCAGCCAUGGAGACGGAAGCGCCGCCCACUCCUCCCAAGAAGAAGAGCAAGCGGAUGCAGAAGUACCGCGACGUGUGGGAAGAGGAGUACCCGUGGCUCGGCAAAGUCCACGGCGAUUGCUUCAGAGCGAGGUGCAAGAUCUGCCGAAAGGACAUCUCGGUGUGCCACGGCGGGGCCUACGAUCUGAAGCAGCACGCGGCUGGGGAGAUGCACAUCCGCAACAUGCAAAGAUCCGAGCGUAAAGUCGCACGGCCCAAGCUUGCGAAGGUUGCUGUCGACAAAUCUCUAGAAGCAGAUAAGGUCACUGCGGCUGAGCUGGCAAACGUGUAUCACACCGUUCGACACAACCUGAGUUAUAACAGCAUGGGUUGUGGCAUCAAGUUUGGCGAUUUGUGCACAAGCAAGAAGAUUUCGUGCGGCAGGACAAAGGCCGAGAGUCUCGUGAAAGACGUCCUAGCUCCUAAAGCUGUGAGUCACAUUUUAAACGCCCUAUGCAGGGAAGGGCAACAUCCAUUUCCAUUUGCAAUUCAGACGGACGCCGCGAGCAAAGGAAAUCGCAAAUCGUUUCCCAUAGCCGUCCAGUUCUUCACCCCUCAGCAUGGCAUGGUAAACAGAAUGAUCGACUUCAUAGAAAAUCCAGACACAUCGACCGCAAGUGUGAAAAACUCUAUUACAACAUCGCUCGGCAAUUUGGGGCUGUCUGUAGACUUGGUCUCGGCUUUUAGUGCAGAUAUGACUAACUUUAAUUCUGCGGUUCAUCAUUCCCUGUUCACGGAUCUGCAUAGGAACCACGAGCAUCUGCUACAAGUAAACUGCCACGCUCACAUCGUGCACAACGCCAUUAGACACGCCAUGGAUGAACUUUCCGUGGACAUUGAAAACGUAAUUUACAAGGUAUGCGGUUUCUUUGCGGUGUGCGCAACACGGUCAGAGUCGUUGAAGGAUUUUUUUGAUUUUCUGGAUACGCAGUGGAGAGAAAUACUCCGGAAUUCCACAAACAAGUGGGUUUGCCUGAAUCCUGCCAUAUCAAAAACAUUACAAAACUGGCCGGCCAUCAAGUCAGAGUUAAACGGCAUUGGUGAGGAAUGUCCCAAGCAGAUUCGGAAGGUCCUGCACCCUCCAACAAAUGGAGACGCGGUUGAGGCCGACGACAGGCAAGACUCAGUGGAAGUGUAUCUUCUCUUUUGUAACAACACUCUCGGCGUCUUUGAAGACGUCGUCAAGAAACUUGAGAGAUGUGACGUCACAAUCCUGGAAAUUUACCAGUUAAUGACCAGCCUAAAAGGAAAACUCAACCAAAGGAUGGAAGAUGAACUGUAUGGUUACAUAACCAAGAGGAAGUUGGCCGGGCUGCCCCCAUUGGAAGCAGUCAGGGCCAGAAGUGAAUUUAAGGCCUUCCUAAACUGCGCCGUCGCUCAUCUUCAGAAAUGGUUUUGGUUUUCCGAGGAAAAUUGGCUUUCUUCUCUGCAGCCACUCGCCCUGCAUGGUGCUUACGAACUGUCCUUUGCCGAUCUGGGCGAGGUUGCUCGUCGCCUCAGUCUGAUCGAGAGGCUGCAGUUGGACAUGGACGCGCUCUUUCUCGAGUUUACAGCGUUCAAGGCGGUUCUCGACGAGCUCCAGAAAACCAAGGAAUGGAAGUUGAAGAGCACCUCGAGCAAGUGGCAAAGCAUAUUUCAAACGGCCGGCGCCGACGCACUUCCAAACUUGCUCUCUUUGCUGUCGUUCCUGCUGAGCGUGCCCGCGACCACGGGAUACGUCGAGCGCAUACUGCCUCUGAUUCACAGCAAGUGGAAUGACAUCCGUAACAGGUGUUCGAUAGAGCUGAUCAAGAGUGAACUUCUUGUGACGCUGAACUUUGACAUGGGGUGCGCUGACUUUCACGCGAUGAUUCUCAAAGACAAGGCUUUUCUCACAGUGGCGAAGAGCGACCAGAAGUAUUCGUUCAAGAGGGCCAAGCCAAGUCAAUGUUGAGCUAUGCAACCCCGCCGUGACCGCCCUGCACUGACCGACACGGUGAAGCGUGGUCAAAUAAUGCCCCCACCCCACACGAUCCACAACAGCGUGAGAGGGGAGGGGGGCCCUCAUCCAGCGGUAGACAACACGGCUGCACGUGCAUAAAAAGUAUGCAUGCACCAAAGCAACACGUUUUCCUACACUACUUUAAAACUGUACAGAUGAUAAAUAUUCAACUGCGCAUCUAUUUUGCCGACACUUGGCUAAAUUUAUUUUUUUGUACGAUAAAAUAUUUCGCUUCCGUAAGGAAUGUAUAUUCAAUAUUGAUGCUGCCCUGGAAUGUCUUUUAGUGUUUUAAGUUAUUUCUUUCAAUUUGUGUUUUAACCAAUUCAUCAUUUAGUUGAAGAUGUGUUGUGAUCCACUACAUUUUGACGGUGUUUAUUUUUCGCACAUAUACUGUGUAUAAACAUGACCCUUGUCCCUUGGAAUCUAUCAUAUACCAGGUCUCAUUGUAUAGCUUUACAUGUCUCCGUAGAUUGCCAC